UGGAGAGGAGCGGAGCGGAGAGGAGAGGAGAUGUGGAGGAGAUGAAGCGGCGGCUGCAGAAGAAGUAUAUCCUGUUGAUCGCGGGUUAUUCCGUGCUCCUGCUCCUCAUCCCGUACGUGUUGGACCUCCACAGCAGGUGGGCUCAGGUGCGUGAUGGAGCUCAGAGGGAGCCGCGGCGGCGGCAGCAGCAGCGCUGCCCGGAUCUGGAGAGCAGCGCGGCGCUGUGGAACGGCACCGAGUACGCGGAGCAGCGCGCAGGAACCACGAACCGCACCAAGACGCACAUCUAUCUCCACGCCACCUGGAGAACGGGCUCGUCCUUCCUCGGGGAGCUGUUUAACCAGCACCCGGAUGUGUUCUACCUGUACGAGCCGAUGUGGAGCCUGUGGCAGGCGCUGUACCCGGGCGACGCGGGGAGUCUCCAGGGCGCAGUGCGGGACAUGAUGAACUCUCUGUUCCGCUGCGACUUCUCCGUGCUCAGGCUGUACUCCAGCUCAGCCAACAUCAGCACCUCGUUCAUCUUCGGCUGGAAGACCAACAAGGUGAUCUGCUCGCAGCCCCUGUGCGCGGCGUACAAGAAGCACCAAGUGGGACUCGUCCAAGGAGACGUGUGCGCCAAGUGCGCACCCAGAGAUCUCCGAGAGCUGGAAAGGGAGUGCAAGAAGUACCCCGUGGUGGUCAUCAAGGACGUCAGAGUGUUAGACCUGGGAGUGCUGGUGCCUCUGGUGCAAGAUCCGACACUGAACUUACAAAUCAUCCAGCUGUUCAGGGAUCCCCGAGCCGUGCACAACUCCAGGCUCAAGUCCAAGCUGGCACUGGUGCGCGAAAGCAUCCAGGUUCUCCGGAGCCAGAAGCAGAACGACAAGUACAAGCGGCUGCUCGCACCCGGGAACAGGGUGAACCGGGCCGAGAACUACGUCUCCGGUGCCAUGGAGCUCAUCUGCGACAACUGGCUCCGUGACAUGCUCCUGGUCAACGGUGCGCCAAUGUGGCUCAAGCGGAACUACCUGCAGAUCCGCUACGAGGACCUGGUGCUGCAUCCGGUCAGCGAGCUGCACCGACUCUACCGCUUCGCCAACCUGAGCUCAUCUCCAGAGCUGGAGAAGUUUGUCAUGAACAUGACGCAAGGACAGGGAUACUCCUCAGACCGGCCCUUCCUGAUCUCGUCAAGGGACGCCAAGGAAGCCAUAUUCGCCUGGAGAGAGAGGCUGAGCGUGGAGCAGGUGGGCCAGGUCGAGGCGUACUGCAGCGAGGUCAUGCGCCACCUGGGAUACGAAAAGAGGAACCUGGAGCAGAGCUACAAAGCCUAAAGGGAAGACUGAGUCCUGUGAGAGAACAGGAUGAAGUGAAGCUACAGCGGGAGGCAGGAACAUCAAGCGUCCAUCACUGGGUCUCUGGAGGAUUGACACUAGAAACAGUUCCAGUCUGAGUUCAGAUGCCCCACAGCGCCGUGAGACCAAAUCCGACAGCGAGAAGAUGGACGCUGAAUAAAAAGACGCAGGCUUCAGAGGACACUGAUUAUAACCUGGAGGAGAUUAAACACUAACUCUGACAGUGAGGCAGAGACGCCUGGGAGAUGAGCGAGCUGGUCGGGUACGGAUUGUCGGCCAUGUUUGAUCAGCACUAAUCCUCAGAUUCCCUUAAUCAGCUACAGGACAUGGAGCUUAGCACGCUGGGCUUCUGUGUGUGUGUGUGUGUGUUAGUAUAACUGAAGUGCUGUUUCACUGUCAAACUUUAUCUUUCACAUACAUGAAGAAUCGAAACACCAUUUCAGAAUCGAUCAGAAACCUGAAUAGAGACGUUUAUAAACACUUAAUAAUGCAUUUCAGUAAAGUGUGUAAUAGUGGUGUAUCGUCAGAGCGACAGGUAGCGCCUCUUAGCGCAUAGUCACAUGUGACUGUUUGGUAAAACUAUAGUCCACAGCAGUGUUCAGAAGGUUUCAGACGUUAAAAGGCUGUUUCUGCUCCCUGACUUUCACUUCCAGAGACAUUUAUGUGGCGGACUGGAACAGGCAAGAGGAGUCCAAAUAUACACAACUCUAUCGACAUAACAGCAUCAGAACACUGAUAUAUUUUUAUGAAUACGUACAAGUAGAAAUAUGAAACUCAGGCUACUGAAAGGUAACAGCUCUGUAACAACCGCGUCAUAAGGGUUCAUAAAAUAAGCCGCUUUGAUUAAGGGUUAGAGAAAAUCUACACAACUCUGUCCUGGCAGCAUCGUAUCAUAUGGUCAUGGGUGUUCAUAAAGAUUUUAUAAGCAGAAAUAUGAAACUAAGAGCGAGAGAUAAUAAAUAUAGCUUUACAUAUGACCAUGCCAUGACAAAGCUAUGUUUAUUAUAUCUCACCCUUAGGUUCAUAUUUCUGCUUAUAACAUCUUUAUGAACAUCUAUGACAUGUCAUGACAGCACUAUGCAUACUUUCUGACCCUUAACCACACUGAACUAUAUAAUUUCUGCUUAUAGCAUCUUUACGAAAGCAUAUAACCAUGACAUUCAUAAAGAUGUUGUGACAUGUCAUGGGUGUUCAUAAA